UCUUCAUCCACAGGGCAUUUCUCCAAGGUUAGAGUUCUCUACACGGACGACAAUCAGCGAGUGCACAGAGAGAGAUAUUUUCCAAAGCGUCCCUGUGAGGACAAUGACGAGGAAAAGAGGCAGGAAGGUCAGGCAGCAGAGCCGCACCUCUGCAGCCUGGAGGACCCCACAGACACCAAGGACCCGCUCACUCUCCCCUUUUAAAAGAUCUGAGUCAAGCAGGACCAGCUCCUCUUCCGAUACUGUACACAGACAAAGAAAAGGCUCAUGGUCAGGGGGUAGGCGCUUAUCCCACUGGUCAGCUGAGUCUGACAGAAGCAACAGGUUAAGAAGCCAGUCGACCUUUCGCUCAGAAUCUCCAGGAGAAUCAGGAAACAUUAGAAGAAGCUACUCCAGCCAUUUGCUCCCUAAUGAUAGCUCCUCCUCAGACACAGAUGAUCUCCUUGACGACGCUGAGGAACUGGGCCAGCGUCCUCCCCUGGCGGGAUAUGAGAGAUCCCCCAGCCCGGCAGCACUGAGUCAUCACAACCCGGCAAGCCCAAGGCACAACAGUUCUCUCUUAUGUUCCCCAAACGUGUGGGAGGAGGUUCAGGAGCGAGUCCGCAGUCUUCUCACCUCUCCUAGAGCUGUGCACAGACUGACCUACGGCGCCACAGAGUCUGAAAUAGAUGAGGUGCUAGCACGGAAGUCCAUUUCACCACAUUCAUGAACUCCUUAAACACUGCUGUUCAGUACCAAAGCCUGGUGUGACAGCAAAUCCAUGGAUACUUGAAGCUCAUGAUUCCUCUCUCCGGCCUCUGAAGCAACCAAAGGUCACUAACCAAUUUCAUCUUUGAUUUACUGUGAAUUGCA